AUGGGUGAAGUGAGCGCUCUCUCUCUCCCUCCCUCCUCCCUCCCUUCCCAUGUUUACUAUUGUCCUGAUCGAUUCUCGAGUAACUCACAUGCCAUUGGGAAUGUGAAAAGGAAGAGAAGAAGGGGGUAGCUGCAGACGAGAAGAAGGAUGGGGAGGCUCCGACGGAGAUCGUGCUCAAGGUCUACAUGCACUGCGAGGGCUGCGCCAAGAAAGUGGAGAGAUCCUUGAGAGGAUUCGAAGGUCAGCUCUUCAAUCUCAAACUACUUCCGGCUAACGCUCAGAGAGACGGAGAGCGAUCCGUAAAGCUCGUCUAAAAGUGCAGGCGUGGAGGAGGUGAAGGCCGACUCCAAAUCCCACACAGUUGUGGUGAAGGGGAAGGCGGCUGACCCAACGAAGAUCUGCGAGCGUGUCCAGAGGAAGACCGGCCGGAAGACGGAGCUCGUCUCUCCAUUGCCCAAGCCCCCCGAGGAGGAGGAGAAGAAGGAGGAACCCAAAGAAGUAGAGAAGGAGGAGGUACCCGACGUCACCACUGAGCAGAGCUUCCUCCAUCAUCCAGUUUACUGAUCUAAGAAGAUCCAGCAUGCAUGUGGAUCUCCUUAUUACCGUAAACUGUUGUUUAAAUUUAUUUUAAUUUCAUUCUUUGGAACGAAUUCGGCAGGGCCCUAAGUCAAUCACGGUGGUGUUGAAGGUCAGAAUGCACUGCGAGGCAUGUGCCCAGGUUCUGCAGCGGAAGAUCAAGAAAAUGGAUGGUAUCACAUCGUCUCUCGUACAUUUUUUAAAGGAAAAAAAAAACCUAAAAUAGAUUAAUAUUUCUUUUCUAGUUCCCCUAAUUUUUAUUUCCUUUUCGUAAUUUCCGUGGAGUUCUCGCCGAUAUAUAUAUAUCAUUGAAAGUAUUUCUGGGACUCCGUAUAGCAGAAUAAAACUAUAGAAUUUUUUUAAAAAAAUUGGAAUAUCUUCUCUACGCGUCGGUUGAAUCUGGCUAUUUAAGUCUCUCGGAUAUAACGACCUAGGGAAUUCCACGUUGAUGAAUAGAGACAUGUGGACACGAGGUAUGGCUGUCCCCAUACCAUUUAUAUACGUCGCUCAUGAUGGAUUGUUAGUAUCAUGGGGCAAAUAUCUGUCUAAAAUAUUGAAACAGGGGGAGGAAAAUUUCUAUAAAUCUAUCAAAAAUUCAAAGUGGUGGAACGUUGAACUUGCCAAUAUCUGUGUGAACAUUUCUAAUUGUUAUAGUCAAUGCUCGCAAAACGAAUCUGAUAAGCAUGAUGAUGACAUGUUUGCAGGUGUGGAAUCGGUUGUGACAGAUUUGCCCAAUGAUCAAGUGAUUGUUCAAGGGAUUAUAGAGCCCGAAAAGCUAGUAGAGAACGUGAACAAGAGAACAAGGAAGCGAGCCUCAAUUGUGAAUGAUGAAGAGAAGAAGGAAGAGGCGGCAGAAGGGGAAAAAAAGGAGGAGGUGAAGGAAGGGGAUGACAAAAAGACUGAUAUGAAUAAGCUUGAAUAUUGGGCACCAAGAUACGGCAUACAAUAUGCAUAUCCGCCGCAAAUCUUUAGUGAUGAGAAUCCAAACGCUUGCUCUAUGAUGUAG